CGAGACAUCAAUGAAAGUGGGUCCCAUUUUACCAAUUCAGAGAUGAGAGUAGUGGGGCCACACUUAGCUGCUGCUAUACCAUUCCCAGCUGUGUCUUCUUCACUUCCUCUUUCCUCUCCUUUACACUCUUUCUUCAUCAUUGAAUGAAACCAAAGAAAGAAAAGAUCUUUCUUGUCAAAUAAAGCUUUUCAUUUUCUUCUCCUUAAUAAUCCCUUUUGUUUUCUACUCUGAAGAAGAAGAAGAAGAAGAAGAAGAAGAAGAUAGAGACCCAUCUGUGAUUUCAACAAAGAAAUCUGCCCACCGGUUGUUUUGGGGAAUGAUCAGAAGAUGGGGAGGAAAGGAAAAUGGUUUUCUAGUGUAAAGAAAGCUCUUAGCCCUGAUCCCAAGGAGAAGACAGACCAGACAUCAAAUAAAUCAAAGAAGAAAUGGUUUGGAAAGCAACAACUGGAUUCGGAUUCCACUUCUUUAGAAAAUGUUACAAUGCUGUCUCCUCCUCCUCAACCAGAAGAAGUGAAAUUAAUUGAGACAACAGAUGAAGUGAACCAGCAUACUUUCCCUGUUCCAGUUGCCACUGCUGCAGUACCUGAGCCUGCUCCGACUACUGUCCAAACCAAUAUUGAGGUUGUUCAACUGACCAAGGUAAACAAAUAUGCUGGCAAAUCAAUGGAAGAAGAGGCGGCAAUUAAGAUUCAAACAACAUUCAGAGGAUACAUGGCCAGAAGAGCAUUGCGGGCUCUGAGAGGGUUGGUGAGGCUCAAAUCUCUGAUGGAAGGGCCUAGAAUAAAAAGGCAAGCAACACAUACCCUCCGCUGCAUGCAGACUCUAGCUCGGGUGCAGUCACAGAUUCACACAAGGAGGAUCAGAAUGUCAGAAGAGAACCAGGCCCUACAGAGACAACUCCUACAGAAGCAUGCCAAAGAGCUUGAAAACUUGCGGAUUGGAGAGGAAUGGGAUGACAGUCUACAGUCGAAGGAACAGAUUGAAGCUAGCCUGCUAAACAAGUUUGAGGCCGCUACGAGAAGGGAAAGAGCACUGGCUUAUGCUUUCUCUCAUCAGCAAACUUUAAAGAAUUCUUCACGGUCUGCAAACCCCAUGUUCAUGAAUGGGAAUCCUUCCUGGGGUUGGAGCUGGUUGGAACGAUGGAUGGCAGCCCAUCCAUGGGAGAGCCGGAGCUUGAUGGAGAAAGAACACAAUAACGACCACUCAUCUGUAAAGAGUGCCAGCCGCAGCAUUACUGGAGGAGAAAUAAGCAAAUCUUAUGCUCGCUACCAGCUCAAUUCUGAUAAAUUAACUCCAAGAGAAAGUGAAAGGCCAACCAAAACCACGAACCUACAGUCCCCAUCAACUCCUAAAAAGCCAGCUGCUUCUACAGUUGCUAGAAAAUUGAAGUCAGCAAGCCCAAGGAGUAACAUUGGGGGCAUUGAAGAUGACUCUAGAAGCAUGGUCAGUGUUCAGUCAGAUCGUAGUAGAAGGCAUAGCAUUGCAGGUUCAUUUGUGCGAGAUGAUGAGAGCCUCGGAAGCUCUCCAGCGCUUCCAAGUUACAUGGUACCUACACAAUCUGCAAGAGCAAAGUCCAGAAUACAUAGCCUAUUGGGAGCAGAAAAGGACGGGACACCGGAAAAGGAAAAGGGUUCCUCGGGGCCUACAAAGAAACGGCUUUCAUACCCUCCAUCACCAGCCAAAGGAAGGAGGUAUUCUGGUCCCCCAAAGUUGGAAAGCAGCUUAAAUGCAAGAAAUAGCGUGGCUGCUGGCGAGGGAAUUUAAUUUAAGUGUUGAUGAAGUUGGGCGGAGCAAUCGUCUGUUUUAAGAAGUGGAGAAAAGGAGAGGACGCAAGGAUCAUUUGAUUCCUGAAUCAUCUGCUUCUACUUCUUCUGUUAACUAUUUAUUCAUUGGUCAGAGAAAGAUCUGCAGUCUUAUUCUUCGUUCUUUUCUGUUUGUUUAUAUUUACUCUUAUUUCCAUUGUUUGAGGUCUUCAUAUUUGUACUGAAAAAUAAUGUUCAAUAUUGACUUUGAGACAAUGAUUUUCUCUCUUUUAAGAACGUUCUUUUAA